CAGCCCCUCUCGCAAAGGCGGGGGUCCUCCCCAAAGCCCUGUCUGGAGGAGCCCGUCCCGCGCUGAUGCCAUUGUUGGCGGGUGGGUGCUUCCUGGGACCCGCCCCGCUGGCAGGCAGUGCGGAGAGCCCCCGGGCUGUCGCAACCCAGGAGAGCCCAGUGCUGCCUUAGCAAACAGACAGGACCUUCUGUCCGACAGGGGCCCAAACCUUGUGGAAGGGUGGGAAAGACUUUGGCUGACUAGGGUCCCAUAAGACUGACAGAACUUCCUUACUUGGCACUAGCAGAAGUAGAGCACAACUGGUGCUGAGGUGGGACCCUCUGACAUUACAAGAAACACUCUGCAGGGAUGUGGGGACAGGAGAGAUGGCACUGAUGAACAGAUGACUCCAGUUCCUCUCAGUGCUUCCUUCUCUCACAAUUCCCCCCCAAGGCGCCUGGUGAGCCGGAGACUGAGCAGCGGCAGCAGCAUGGCAGGGGAUAGUGAGCAGAGCCUGCAGGAGCACGAGCAGCCUGGCGGUGGGGAGCCCUUCCUGAUCGGGGUCAGCGGCGGCACAGCCAGCGGCAAGUCAUCAGUCUGCGCCAGAAUCGUCCAGCUACUGGGCCAGAAUGAAGUGGAUUAUCGCCAGAAGCAGGUGGUGAUACUGAGUCAAGACAGCUUCUAUCGGGUCCUUACCUCUGAGCAGAAGUCCAAGGCACUCAAGGGCCAGUUCAACUUUGACCACCCAGAUGCCUUUGACAACGAGCUCAUCGUCAAAACGCUCAAAGAGAUCAUGGAAGGGAAGACAGUCCAGAUUCCUGUCUAUGACUUUGUUUCCCAUUCCAGGAAGGAGGAGACGGUAACUGUGUACCCAGCUGACGUGGUCCUCUUCGAGGGCAUCCUGGCCUUUUACACCCAGGAGGUCCGGGAUCUCUUCCGGAUGAAGCUGUUUGUGGACACGGACGCAGACACCCGGCUGUCCCGCAGAGUGUUACGAGACAUCAGCGAGCGAGGCCGGGACCUUGAGCAAAUCUUGUCUCAGUACAUUACCUUCGUCAAACCAGCCUUUGAGGAAUUCUGCUUGCCAACCAAGAAGUAUGCUGAUGUGAUCAUCCCCAGGGGGGCAGAUAAUGAAGUGGCCAUAAACCUGAUCGUGCAGCACAUCCAGGACAUUCUGAAUGGAGGACACAGCAAACGCCAGAUCAACAGCUGCCUGAAUGGCUACACCACUCCGUGCCAGAGGCAGCCUUCUGAGUCAAGUAGCCGGCCACACUGACCCCAGACAUUGGGGUGAGGUUGGGGGUGGAUGGUGGUUGGGCUCUGCUGCAGCUGAUCUGUCCGUACUGUGUCC